CAGAGGGGAUGAUUUGGAAGAGUACCCCAUAUAUUAUGAGACGAGGCCUCUAUCACUAUGCGCAAUUUCUUAUGCAUGCAAAUUAAUAGGUUUUAUCACGAUCUUUUGUCUGAGAUACUCGAAUAGCACGUUAGGGAAAUCGCAAGCAAAGAGGUAACGUCUGGAGUGGAGUCAUAGUGGCCGGAGUGCAGAGAAGAAGUGGAGAUCUUGUCUUGAACACUAAGUUAGCUAUUUAGGAGGUCCGAGUGGUAAAGGCAAGCUUAAGGAUUCAUUCUGAACUGUGUAUGAUAAAGCAGCUCAGUUCAAAAUGUCUCUUGGACAUGCUGGCCAGCAGCAACCACAGAGGGCGCUCACCCAAAGUAAAGACACCCAACUCAAGUCGUACAAGCGAAGACUUAAAGAUGAUGUAUCGUCCAUACUCGACAACUUUACAGAGAUCCUAAAACUCGCCAAGGUGGAGGAUGAAACACAGGUUGCAAGACAAUCUCAGGGAGAGCAGGACCAGACUGAAAUGCAAGUCAGAGCGGCUAACAUUGUUCGAGCAGGGGAGUCUCUCAUAUCGUUGGUUGCAGACAUCAAGCAGUUCCUCAUCUUGAACGACUUUCCCCUGGCCAAUGAGAACAUCGAGAAGAGGGCUCGUUUCUUGAGCAACGUCCAAAACAACGUUGACUCAAAGAUAAUGCAGCUCCGGGAUGAACUUUCAAAUGACCUCUACGAGAUAGAGGAAGAAUACUACUCUUCGAAGUAUAAAUGAUAAAAUUGUCACCAUCUCAUUUAAAAACUAGUCUUCACCGAUCAUGCGAGUAUACGUGAAUGGACUGUUCAUGCGCGACCUGUCGUGAUCAGAUUAAGCAUCAUCAAAUACUUCUUGAAUAACUAUGCAGUGAUUCAUCAUCUAUGUGGGAUCAUCAAGGUUAUGAAUGAUAGUGUCAUCCAUGACUGGUCUCCAGAGAUGUUUUGCAGGAUGCUUUGAAGAUUAUAGAAUGGACCGUUGGCUACCUGUCAUGAUGUGACCAUGCAGUGCCUAAAACAAUGUCUCUGGAAUAUUGCAGCUUUUUCCAGAACUAUACAAUAAUCUUUACGAGAUUGAAGAGGACAAGAUCAUGCGAAUAUUGUAGUAAUCUGAUCAAGACCUA